AUGGCGUUCAAGCGAAGGGGCCGCGAAGGGGCCAGCUGGCGGAACCGGCAGCUUCACGUCGUCCGGUCGCAGGCGGCCACGACGUUAGCACUGACGCUGCUGUCGGCGCUGCUACUGCUGCUACUGCCCAUCGGCGGCGCCAGCGACAAUGCGCCAGCGCAACUUUUCGUGUUGGAGCCCCUGCCGUACGAUUACGGCGCACUGGAGCCCGUCAUCUCCCGCCAGAUCAUGCAGCUGCACCAUGAUUUCCACGAGGGUGUGGAGUACGUCAACACGUUGAACGGGGUGCUGGGGCCGCUGGCGGGCUCCGGAACCGCCACCCUGCCCGACCUGAUUAAGAUGGUGGGUCGCGGCGGGUUGAGCCCCGACACGGAGUUGGUGGUUCGCAACUUCGGAGGCGGCCACUGGAAUCACCAGAUGUUCUGGAAGCUGCAAAACGCCAUAAACGGCGCCUUCGGUUCCACUGACGAAAUGCUGCCCUUCUCCUGCUCUGCCCCCUACUCCACUCGGUUCCAUUUGCCCUCCCUCCCCACCGCUACCACUACUAUUACAACUACGAUUACCACCACCGCCAUGAUCACCGCCAUAAUCACCGCCCAUCAUCAGCGGCGCUUCAAGCUGGUAGCUGAUGGCCACUUCGGCAGCGGCUGGUCUUGGCUGUGCGUUCAGAGCGACGGCGGACUGCGAAUUCUGGACACCGCCAACCAGGACAACCCCCUCAUGGGGGUGGUGCUAGCUGACCCCUGCACACCCAUCCUCGGAAUCGACGUGUGGGAGCACGCGUACUACCUUGAGUACGGCCCGAAAAAGCCGGACUACACGUCAGCCUGGCUCAACAUCAUCAACUGGAAGCAGGUCAGCGCCAACUACGAUUCUGCGAGACGCGGCGACCUGGCUGCGAUCGGAACUGAUUUUUGA